AUGGCUGCAGGCCACAUUCCAGAGUCGCUAAGUCACAUGAGUCAGAACAUGAGUCAGCGUCCUCCUCCACAGAAUAAAGAGCAGAGAAGAGGUCUAACAAUCGUACAACAAGAACCCAAUCGUAGUAACCACAGUCUGAGAAAAGCUCUAACAAUCGUACAACAAGAACCCAACCGUAGUAACCACAGUCUGAGAAAAGGUCUAACAAUCGUACAACAAGAACCCAACCGUAGUAACCACAGUCUGAGAAAAGGUCUAACAAUCGUACAACAACCCAAUCGUAGUAACCACAGUCUGAGAAAAGGUCUAACAAUCGUACAACAAGAACCCAAUCGUAGUAACCACAGUCUAAGAAAAGGUCUAACAAUCGUACAACAAGAACCCAAUCGUAGUAACCACAGUCUAAGAAAAGGUCUAACAAUCGUACAACAAGAACCCAACCGUAGUAACCACAGUCUGAGAAAAGGUCUAACAAUCGUACAACAAGAACCCAAUCGUAGUAACCACAGUCUGAGAAAAGGUCUAACAAUCGUACAACAACCCAAUCGUAGUAACCACAGUCUAAGAAAAGGUCUAACAAUCGUACAACAAGAACCCAAUCGUAGUAACCACAGUCUAAGAAAAGGUCUAACAAUCGUACAACAAGAACCCAAUCGUAGUAACCACAGUCUAAGAAAAGGUCUAACAAUCGUACAACAAGAACCCAAUCGUAGUAACCACAGUCUGAGAAAAGGUCUAACAAUCGUACAACAAGAACCCAACCGUAGUAACCACAGUCUGAGAAAAGGUCUAACAAUCGUACAACAACCCAAUCGUAGUAACCACAGUCUGAGAAAAGGUCUAACAAUCGUACAACAAGAACCCAACCGUAGUAACCACAGUCUGAGAAAAGGUCUAACAAUCGUACAACAACCCAAUCGUAGUAACCACAGUCUGAGGAAAGGUCUAAUAAUCGUACAACAAGAACCCAAUCGUAGUAACCACAGUCUGAGAAAAGGUCUAACAUGA